AUGUUCUCAGGUUCCCGCCUGAACACCUCCAAGGGUCUACGGAGGCAGAAGAGGGACUGGGUGAUCCCACCGAUCAACGUGGCAGAAAAUUCUCGAGGACCGUUCCCUCAGAUGCUCGUCAGCAUUCGUUCGGACCAGGACAAGGACAUCUCGAUCAGAUACAGCAUCACCGGGGUGGGAGCAGAUCAGCCACCCAAUGAGGUGUUCAAUAUCGACCCCGUGCUCGGGAAGAUGUUCGUCACCAAACCUCUCGAUCGAGAACAUCGCUCUUCUUAUCACCUGCGAGCCCAUGCCGUGGACAUGAAUGGGAACCAGGUGGAGAACCCCAUCGAUCUGUACAUCUUCGUCAUCGACAUGAACGACAACAGACCCGAGUUCAAAAACCAGGUCUACAAUGGCUCUGUGGACGAGGGCUCUAAACCAGGAACGUAUGUGAUGCACGUGUCGGCGUUUGACGGCGACGACAACACCACAGCUAAUGGAAUGGUGCGCUAUCGAAUCCUGUCCCAGACGCCGCACAACCCCAUCCCCAACAUGUUCACCAUCAACAGCGAGACGGGAGAUAUUGUGACUGUGGCGCCUGGCCUGGAUCGAGAGAAAGUGUCCCAGUAUACCAUCAUCGUGCAGGCCACGGACAUGGAGGGCAAUCUGAACUUUGGCCUUUCCAACACAGCCACUGCCAUCAUCACUGUCACGGACAUCAACGACAACCCGCCCAUGCUGACCUCCAGAACCUUUUCCGGUGAGGUCCCAGAGAACCGAGUGGAUCUUGUGGUGGCUAAUCUGACGGUGAUAGACGCCGACCAACCGCACUCGCCGAACUGGAACGCCAUCUACAGGAUCAUCAGCGGCGACCCAUCGGGGCACUUCACCAUCCGCACUGACCCGGUCAGCAACGAUGGCAUGGUUACCGUGGUGAAGCCAGUAGACUUUGAGAUGAACCGUGCCUUCAUGCUGACGGUGGUGGUGUCCAACCAGGCCCACCUAGCCAGUGGCAUCCAGUCCUCGCUCCAGUCCACGGCUGGGGUCACCAUAUCGGUCCAGGACGUCAACGAACCCCCUUACUUCCCCACGAACCCGAAACACAUCCGCUUUGAGGAGGGCGUCCCUGCUGGCACCAGCCUGACGACCUUCUCAGCUACCGAUCCAGACCGACUACAGAUGCAGCAGACGAUGAGGUAUUCAAAGCUGAACGACCCCGCGGACUGGUUGUCCAUCAACAGAACCAAUGGGCAGAUCGUUACCACGGCGAUGCUCGACAGGGAGUCUGUCUACGUCAAAAACAACGUAUAUGAAGCCACAUUCCUGGCAACAGACAAUGGCUCUCCUGCAGCCAGCGGGACCGGCACGCUGCAGAUCUAUCUGAUAGAUAUUAAUGACACCCCGGCACUCAUACCCAAGGAGUCUCAGAUCUGUGAGCGGGUGAACAAGAACGUCCACGGUGUCAACAUCACUGCAGCUGACGCUGACACAGACCCCAACGCUGGACCCUUUGUCUUCGAGCUGCCCAACUUUCCCAACAGCAUCCGACGCAACUGGACGAUUUCUCGGAUCAGCGGUGAUUACGCUCGUCUCGGGCUGCGGUACCAGAUAUAUUUAGAGCCGGGGGUGUAUGAGGUCCCUGUCAUUGUGUCGGACUCGGGGAACCCUCCGUUGUCCAACAGGUCGGUCAUCAAAAUCAAGGUGUGUCCCUGCGACGAACACGGAGACUGCACCACCCUCGGGGCCGUGGCGGCCGCUGGCCUGGGAACCGGAGCCAUCAUCUCCAUCCUCAUCUGCAUCAUCAUCCUCCUCAGCAUGGUGCUGUUGUUUGUCGUGUGGAUGAAGCGCAGAGAGAAGGAGAGGCACACCAAGCAGCUGCUCAUCGACCCCGAAGACGAUGUCAGAGACAACAUCCUCAAAUACGAUGAAGAGGGAGGAGGAGAGGAAGACCAGGACUACGACCUGAGCCAGCUGCAGCAGCCUGACUCCUUGGAGCACAUCAUCAGCAAGCCGCCUGGUGUCCGCAGGGUGGACGAACGUCCCAUCAUCCCUGAGUCCCAGUACCCGAUCAGACCGGUCGUGCCCCACCCUGGAGACAUCGGGGACUUCAUCCACGAGGGUCUGCGAGCGGCAGACAACGACCCCACAGCUCCUCCGUACGACUCCCUGCUGGUGUUCGACUACGAGGGCAGCGGCUCCACCGCCGGCUCCGUCAGCUCCCUCAACUCCUCCAGCACGGGGGACCAGGACUAUGACUACCUCAACGAAUGGGGCCCCCGCUUCAAGAAGCUGGCUGACAUGUACGGAGGAGGGGAUGAUGAUUAAAUCUGCCCCGUCACACACACACACACACACACACACACACACACACACACACACACACACACACACACACACACACACACACACACACACACACACACACACACGCCCUCGUCCCGUCAGCUGGCCUGCCAUGCUCUGUCCCUGUAACACAUGGGGCUAUUACACCCUUAUUGAACACAAAGUUAACAAUGACAUGUUCUCACUGACCAACUGACUGACCAACCAACCAAUCAAAUUAGCCACCACAGAGGGCCGGUGUCGUGAGUCCGUUUCGGGUGCUCUUCUCCACCGUCUCCUGCUCUCAGACUAAAACGGAAGAUCUGAAUUGCAGGCUUCUCAUAGUUUGUAUUUUCAAGUGCUUGUGCUUUUCAUUUUUUUUUAUUUUAGGUUUUAUGCUUUAUGUAAGUUUUUGUUUUUCCUUUCGUUUGUGUUUCCUUUUUUUUGUCACCACUCCCUUUCGAUUCGAGCCGUUCCCUACUCCUGAGGGUUUUCACUUUUCCCUCGCUGUCAGACCCCGCCUGCCUCUCUGCAGAAGCUUUAGGUUGAGCUGCUCGCUUUGUCUGAGGGGAACAAAGGGGGAAAAACAAAAG